AUGAGAGUAGCCAGGCUGACCGAGAAAUGUAGCAGCCACCAAGCGAUGCACAAGCAUGCACCUGCCCCGCUUGUUGAUUGCGUAGUAUCCAUUCGUGCGUCGCGUGCCGUAGCUAACAAAUUCCCUCCCAUGCAGCAAGUGUGCAACUCGACCAUGGCUACUUACCAUCAGGUUGGCAAUCGUGGUGUCAAGCUCGCCAACAUGCCGCGCUGGUCGCCAAUCCUCGUCCAACAGCUUAUCUGCUUCAGCAGGAACCUCUUUGAAUUCGUAGCGCCCGUCAUCUCUGCAUCCUUUGAGGGUUCUCCUCAACCCUCGACAGCAUUGUGA